GCCGUGUGCGGGUCGGGGUGGCGCGGCGCGGCGGGUUCUCCGCGGCGGGGAGGAAGGGGAAGGCAGGGGUCUCCGAGUAGCUUGGUGCGUUUAGGUGCUUCCCUGCUGGGUGCCUGGAUGAGCAGGAGAGAGGAGCUGGCCCCCUGCAGAGCCUGGCAGGCAGCCUCCUCUUGAUUUAAUGGGCACUUGUGAGAGCUUGACAGGAGCGAGGGGCGCUCGCUUUUGCGGUGCACGGGCAGGACUGAGAAGACUUUGCUCACUGUAGGACCCGGAGUGGCUUGGAUUUGACAGAGGGAAAUGCUGCAGCAUGAGCCCACCGCCUAGAGAGAAGGGAUCGCACCUCCUCGGCACCGCUCCCUGAGCCAGCCCCACAGCAGCCGUCCGGCGGGGAGCCUGCACGGGGUCCGACGCCGGGAGCAGCCCUCCCCAGCCGCUCCGCCCGCCCGGCUCGGCGAGAUGCGCUCGCCGCCGCCUUCAUGCCGGCAGGGGGGACUCUGAGCCGCCGCUCCGCGCCCUGCGAACCUCUCGGGCAGACACGCCGGACAGCGGUGGGGCCUUGCGGCGUGGCCCGGUCCGGAGCCACCCACGUGUCACCGGCCAGCGGUCCCCGGUGAAGGCGCCGGCUCCAGCCAGUGCUGCUGAGGGGCGCCCCUGAGCCUUUCUCCGCUGAAACCGGCGGCGUCCCCCGGGGUGGCGGCGGAGCCCGCCCAGCAGCCGCGAUCCGGUGCCCCAUGGUGCUGCUGCGGAAGCUGCCGGGGAUGCCGGGCUGGCCGGCGGCGCUGGGGCUGCGGCUGCCGCAGAAGUUCCUGUUUCUGCUCUUCCUCUCGGGCCUGCUCACGCUGUGCUUCGGGGCCCUCUUCCUUCUGCCCGAUUCCUCCCGCUUCAAGCGCCUCUUCUUGCCCCGCCGGGCCGCCGCCUCCUCCUCCUCCUCUUCUUCCUCCGCCUCCUCCGCCUCCUCCUCUUCCACCCGCGACACCGACCUGCCCCGCAGCCCCCCUGCUGCCGCCGAGCCCCGCCACGCCAGCCCCGCGGCUCCCCGCCGCCUCCGGGAGAAGCUCCGCACCGCCGCCCGCAUGGCCGGGCCGCCGGCUCACACCGCGCCGGGCGCGCGGCAGCAGGUGCAGGGCGGCGAGCGGCGAGCCCAGCCCGCCACUGAGGCUCCGCUCGUGCGGGAGACUCCAGCUCCGUUCCACUUCGACUACGAGCGGUUCCGCCGGAGCCUCCGGCACCCGGUGCGGGGCAGGCGGCCCGGCGAGGACCCCGAGACCCGCUCCCGCAGGAUGAAGGUUAAAGAGAUGAUGAAAUUUGCUUGGGAUAACUACAAGCAAUAUGCACUCGGCAAAAAUGAACUGCGACCACUGACUAAGAACGGCCACAUUGGUAACAUGUUUGGAGGCCUUCGAGGAGCUACAGUGGUAGAUGCCUUAGAUACUCUGUACAUCAUGGAACUUGAGGAGGAAUUCCAAGAAGCAAAGAAGUGGGUGGAGAAAAACUUUGACUUGAAUGUGAAUGGAGAAGCAUCCUUGUUUGAGGUGAACAUCCGCUAUAUUGGAGGACUGUUGGCUGCAUACUACUUAACUGGAGAAGAGAUGUUCAAGAAUAAAGCUCUGGAACUUGGAGAGAAACUUUUGCCAGCAUUUAACACCCCGACUGGUAUCCCACGUGGCGUCAUAAAUCUGGGCAGUGGCAUGAGUUGGAGUUGGGGUUGGGCAUCUGCUGGAAGCAGCAUUUUGGCAGAAUUUGGUACCUUGCACUUAGAGUUCCUGCACCUCUCAGAGCUCUCUGGCAACCCAGUGUUUGCAGAAAAGGUGAUGAACAUCCGCAAAGUCCUGAACAGAGUUGAGAAGCCACAGGGUCUUUAUCCCAACUUUCUCAGCCCGGUGACGGGGAACUGGGUGCAGCACCAUGUCUCCAUUGGGGGGCUAGGAGACAGUUUUUAUGAAUAUCUUAUCAAGUCUUGGCUGAUGUCAGACAAGAAAGACUUUGAAGCUAAAAGGAUGUAUGACAAUGCACUCGAGGCAAUAGAAAAGCAUUUGGUCAGAAAGUCUGCUGGAGGAUUGACCUACAUCGCUGAAUGGAGGGGUGGUGUCUUGGAGCACAAAAUGGGCCAUUUGGCUUGCUUCUCUGGGGGUAUGAUAGCACUUGGAGCUGAGCACGCUGGAGAGGAGAGGAAGCAGCACUACAUGGAUCUCGCUGCAGAAAUAACAAACACGUGUCACGAGUCUUACACACGCUCAGAUACCAAACUGGGCCCUGAAGCCUUUCGCUUUGAUGCUGGGACUGAAGCCAUGGCAACCAGACUUAGCGAACGCUACUACAUCCUGCGCCCAGAGGUGGUGGAAAGCUUCAUGUACAUGUGGCGGCUGACGCACGAUCCCAAGUACAGGCAGUGGGGCUGGGAGGUUGUGAAGGCCCUGGAAAAACACUGUAGAGUAGAAGCUGGUUUUUCUGGAAUCCGAGAUGUUUACACCACAACCCCAACCCAUGACAACAUGCAACAGAGUUUUUUCCUCGCAGAGACUCUGAAGUACCUCUAUCUUUUGUUCUGUGAAGAUGAUGUGCUGUCCCUGGACGACUGGGUGUUCAACACAGAGGCUCACCCCCUGCCAGUCAACCACACGAACUUUAAAGCGAGCGUGCAGUAGUGAGGCCAUUGCCCAGCACCCUGCUUCUGCAGCGUCAGCGGGUUGCUGCCUUUCCUUUCCAUUAAAGGAAUUCCCAUUGACCCUGAAAUGGUAUUUUGGGGCACUAGUCCAAUUCCGGACAGUAUUAUAUGGGGAAGAUGAAACCACGAUGUAAGCACCUUCUUUUCCUCUGUGAGGAGCUCUAUUAGCCUGAUAAUGAGAUGUUUAUUCUGGGCCAUAUUGUACACAGUUCAUAGACAUUCCUUUAUACAGAGAAUUUAUAUGAAAUCCAUUGACUUUGCUUUAUAGUGGCCAAAGGACUGGAAGUUUGCCAUAAAAUACACUUCACACACACCUCUUUUGUUUUUCUGUUUCAUUUUUGCCUUUUGUGUGCUCUUGGAUUUACUGACUAACAGUUUUCAACAUACUGUGCUUUCUAGGUGGUAGGCUUUCUCGGCACUUUAGGAAGAGCAAGAUAGAAAGAGGAAGGGGAGUUGCCCUUGAUGUGGGAGAGCAGCUGGUGUGCAUGGAGCUCUGCUUGGGGAGAUGACAGAUAGCUUAUGGGUUAGGAUCAAAGAGAGGACAGGUAAAGGGGACAUUGCAGUGAGUGUCUGCUGUAGACCACCUGACCAGGAAGAACAAGAGGAUCAGGCCCUCUGCAGACAGAUUGGAGCAGCCAAUUCAGGUUUGAAUCUGCAGGCCCUGGUCUUCAUGGGGAAUUGAACCACCCUGGUAUCUGCUGGAGGGACAACACAGCAGGACAUAAGCAAUCCAGGAGGUUCCUUGAGUGGACUGAUGAUAGCUCCCAUCUCCAAGUGACAGAGGAGAUAAGAGAUGGCUCUGCUGGACCUCAUAGAAGCAGGGGCUUGUUGGAGGUGUGAAGAUCAAAGGCAGCUUUGGCUGCAGUGACUGUGAGAUAUGGAGUUCAGGAUCUUGAGGGCAGAGAGUAGGGUGAAAAGCAAGCUUACAACCCUGGACUUCAGGAGAGCACGCUUUGGCCUCUUCAAAAUCUGCUUAGAAGGGUCCUGUAGAAAGACUGGGGAGAAGAGGGGCCUGAGAAAGCCAGUUAAUAUUCAAGAAUCGUGUCCUCGAGGCUCAAGAGAGUUUCAUUCCAGUGAGCAGGAGGCCAGGCAGAAAUGCCAGGAGGCCUGUGCAGACGAGCAGAGAGCUCCCAGCCAAACUCAAACACAAAAAGGAAGCAUACAGUGGGUGUAAGCAAGGAUGAGUAACCCAGGUGAACCCGGGGGAUCUGUCACACAGGGCAUGGAAAAGGCUGAAAUACCAAAUACCACCUUUGCCUCAGGCUGUACUAGCAAGGCUGGCCUUCAGAAACCCUGGGUUCCACAGAUCAGAGGAAAGGCUGGAGCAAGAAAUAUGUACCCUUGGUGGAAGAGGAUAAGGUCAGAGAAUACUUAAGCAAACUGGACUAUCCUAAGUCUGUGGUCCUUGAAGGUGUGUACCUACAAGUUCUGAGGGAACUCUUGCUAAUGGAUAUAAAUACCUGAAGGAAGGGUGCAAAGAGAAAGAUUCAGGCUCACUCCAGUGGUAACCAGAGGCAGUGGGCACAAGCUGAAACACAGGAGGGUCCUUAUGAGUCUGAGGAAAUGCUUUUUUACUCUGAGGGUGACUGAGCGCUGGCACAGGUUACUCAGGGAGGCUGUGGGAGUCUUCAUCAUUGGAGAUUCUCAAAAGCUGCCUGGGCAACAGGCUGUGAGUAGCCCUGCUUGAGGAAGGGAGGUUGGACCAGAUGGACCCCAGCAGUCCCUGCCAGCCCCAACCAUUCUGUGAUUUCAAAACUGUAACUAAAUCAAAACCUGUCUGCAAAUUCUUGAUCCUAAUGCAUUUUUAUAUACUUUUUUCUGUGCUCUUAAAACACAUUUACCACACAUCACAUCUCAUUUAACUCUCCUUUAUCAUUUUAGUGUUUUUCUACUUUUAUUUGGAACUAAAUGUUGUGAGUCACUUGUAAUAAUUUCACUCCUGUAAUAGUCAAAU